GAGGCGGGCGGAGAGCAGCGGCCAAUCACCGCCCUCUCUGGAGGCUCCAACCUAUGGGAAGGAGGUUGACAUCACGCGCCAAUCGGCAUGGCUCUUAGAGAGAGCGGCUCACUUUUGAAUUGCGGUGGCUGCCACCGGCGAGGAAUGGCGGGGACCGGGAGACGAGUCGGCGCUUGAAGCGGUGGAACGUCCUGGGCGUCUUUUAAGAGCGCCAACGUAGAAAAGUACAAACAAUGGCUGACAAUGCUGGAUCAACGUCCUCUACUGAGAGGACGAGCUUGGCCGACUCUUCCAUCUUUGAUUCUAAGGUUACCGAAACUUCGAAGGAAAACUUGUUUAUUGGCUCUACUUCAUAUGUUGAAGAAGAAAUGCCUCAAAUUGAAACAAGAGUGAUAUUGGUUCAAGAGGCUGGAAAACAAGAAGAACUUAUAAAAGCCUUAAAGAGUGUUAAAAUAAUGGAAGUCCCUGUUAUAAAGAUAAGAGAAAGUUGUCCUGGAAAAUCGGAUGAAAAAUUAAUAAAAAGUAUUGUUAAUAUGGAAAUUAAAGUGCCCUUUGUAAAGAUGGCAUCAGUGGAAGAAUUUGAAAGUUUGGAUUCUCCAGAAUUUGAAAAUGUGUUCAUCGUCAUGAACUUCCAGGAUGCUGUCUUUAAUGAGUUAUACAAGAAUGAUUGUAGAGUUAUUGGACCACCAGUUGUAUUAAACUGUGCACAGAAAGGCGAGCCCUUGCCAUUUUCAUGUCGCCCACUCUAUUGUACAAGCAUGAUGAAUCUCACACUUUGCUUUACUGGAUUCAGGAAGAAAGAAGAACUAGUCAGAUUAGUGACAUUGGUCCAUCACAUGGGUGGAGUUAUUCGAAAAGAUUGCAAUUCAAAAGUUACACAUUUGGUGGCAAAUUGUACGCAAGGUGAAAAAUUCAGGAUUGCUGUGAGCUUGGGUACUCCAAUUAUGAAGCCAGAAUGGAUUUAUAAGGCUUGGGAAAGGCGGAAUGAACAGGAUUUUUGUGCAUCAGUUGAUGACUUUAGAAAUGAUUUUAAAGUUCCUCCAUUUCAAGAUUGCAUUUUAAGUUUCCUGGGAUUUUCAGAUGAAGAGAAAACCAAUAUGGAAGAAAUGACUGAAAUGCAAGGAGGUAACUAUUUACCAGUUGGAGAUGAAAGAUGCACUCACCUUGUAGUUGAAGAGAAUAUAGUAAAAGAACUUCCAUUUGAACCUUCGAAGAAGCUUUAUGUUGUGAAGCAAGAGUGGUUCUGGGGAAGCAUUCAAAUGGAUGCCCGAGCUGGAGAAACUAUGUAUUUAUAUGAAAAGGCUAAUACACCUGAGCUCAAGAAAUCAGUGUCACUGCUUUCUCUAAAUACCCCAAACAGCAAUCGCAAAAGACGUCGUUUAAAAGAGACACUUGCUCAGCUUUCGAGAGAGACAGACAUGUCACCUUUCCCUCCCCGUAAGCGCCCAUCUGCUGAACAUUCCCUUUCUAUAGGAUCACUCCUAGAUAUCUCCAAUACACCAGAGUCUAGCAUUAACUAUGGAGAAACCCCAAAGUCCUGUACUAAGUCUUCUAAAAAUUCCACUCCAGUUCCCUCAAAGCAGUCAGCCAGGUGGCAAGUUGCAAAAGAGCUCUAUCAGACUGAAAGUAAUUAUGUAAAUAUAUUGGCCACAAUCAUUCAGCUGUUUCAAGUACCACUGGAAGAGGAAGGACAGCGUGGUGGGCCCAUCCUUGCACCAGAAGAGAUUAAGACUAUUUUUGGUAGUAUCCCAGAUAUCUUUGAUGUGCACACAAAGAUAAAGGAUGAUCUUGAAGACCUUAUUGUUAAUUGGGAUGAGAGCAAAAGCAUCGGUGACAUCUUUCUUAAAUAUUCAAAAGAUUUGGUAAAAACCUAUCCUCCCUUUGUAAACUUCUUUGAAAUGAGCAAGGAAACAAUUAUUAAAUGUGAAAAACAGAAACCAAGAUUUCAUGCUUUUCUGAAGAUAAACCAAGCUAAACCAGAAUGUGGACGGCAGAGCCUUGUCGAACUUCUCAUCAGACCAGUACAGAGGUUACCCAGUGUUGCAUUACUUUUAAAUGAUCUCAAGAAGCAUACAGCUGAAGAAAAUCCUGACAAAAGCACUCUAGAAAAAGCUAUAGGAUCACUAAAGGAAGUAAUGACGCAUAUUAAUGAAGAUAAGAGAAAAACUGAAGCUCAAAAGCAAAUCUUUGAUGUUGUUUAUGAAGUAGAUGGAUGCCCAGCUAAUCUUUUAUCGUCUCACCGAAGCUUAGUCCAACGAGUUGAAACCAUUUCUCUAGGUGAGCACCCCUGUGACAGAGGAGAACAAGUAACUCUCUUCCUCUUCAAUGACUGCCUGGAGAUAGCAAGAAAACGGCACAAGGUUAUUGGCACUUUUAGGAGUCCUCAUGGCCAUACCCGUCCCCCAGCUUCUCUGAAGCACAUUCAUCUAAUGCCUCUUUCUCAAAUUAAGAAGGUGCUGGACAUAAGAGAAACUGAAGAUUGCCAUAAUGCUUUUGCCUUGCUUGUAAGGCCACCAACAGAGCAGGCAAAUGUGCUACUCAGUUUCCAGAUGACAUCAGAGGAACUUCCAAAAGAAAACUGGCUAAAGAUGCUGUGUCGACAUGUAGCCAACACCAUUUGUAAAGCAGAUGCUGAGAAUCUUAUGUACACUGCUGAUCCAGAAUCCUUUGAAGUAAAUACAAAAGAUAUGGACAGUACAUUGAGUAGAGCCUCUAGAGCGAUAAAAAAGACUUCAAAAAAGGUUACAAGAGCAUUCUCUUUCUCCAAAACUCCAAAAAGAGCUCUACGAAGGGCUCUCAUGGCAUCUCAAAGCUCAGUGGAGGGAAGAAGUCCUUCCAGCAAUGAGAAGCAUGUAAUGAGUCGUCUGUCUAGCACAUCAUCAUUAGCUGGUAUCCCAUCUCCCUCCCUUGUCAGCCUUCCUUCCUUUUUUGAAAGGAGAAGUCAUACUUUAAGUAGAUCUACAACUCAUUUGAUAUGAAGCUUAAAAAAAUCUUAAUUUAUAGAAGCUUAUAAACACCUUAUACUAAAUAAGAAACUGACUUAAAUGGUACUUAUCAUUAGCACUUGGUGAAAGCUGGAAAGAAGGUAGAUAACACUAAGCUAUGCGAUUUGAUUGUCUUUUUGAAAGAAGUUAACCUGUUACAGUUUUGCAGUUAAUCCAUGUAAAAAAUUGUACUGAUUUUGAUGUAAUUUUUCUGUCUUCUUGAAUCCUUCAUUGGACCAAUAAUUUAAGUUAUUCAUGAUGUCAGUAACUUUGCAACCUGAUAGAGUAAAUAAAUUUUAUUGGUGGAUGCCAAAUACCUCUGUGAAUCUCUUUGUAUAAUGUCCAUGAAUGAAUUUUUGGGAAUACAUAUUUGUGUAUCUCAGUUUGUGCAGAAAUUAAGUGAUAGCAUAGUAUGUACUGAUUAAAUAGUGGAGUCUUAUUUCACAUGUGCUGUUUGAAGUAGUUACUUAGCUGCUCCAUUUGCAGUUUGUUUUAUUCUCAAGUGUUUUCACGAUCUAGUGUACAGAUUUAAAAAGAUUAGCCCUUAAGAAGAAUAACAUUUAAAGGAUAUUGUUCCAACAUACUUUUGAAAAUUGAAAUAAGGACAGAAAGAUUAAAAAAUAAUGUAUAUUUUUGCACAAACAUGAUAUUGGUGUAUACUUGUAGCUGUUUCAAAGACAAUAUAUUUAUGGUGAUUUUAACCAGUAGCAAAUCUUAAUUUAGUUCAGUAGUGUAUGGAAUUUUAUUUUGAAGGAUAAGACCAUGGGGGAAAUUGUGGUAAAGAUUGUUUAUAUUCUUUAUGAAAUAACUCUAAAGUUGGCAUCAGUUUUACUAACCUGCUGUAAAAUACAUAGAUACGUGUAUGGGCAAGUUUUUAUUGUGGUUUCAUAAUUAAAUGUAAAAUUGGAAUGCAUUUUUUUGCUGUUGUAAAAUAUUUUUCAAGCACUGAUGUUAUUUUUCACAAUUUUUUUUAAAUAGUCGGUAAUGCGAAAGAAUCAAGUUCCUAUGAAUAAAUGCAUUUUUAUUUCCUACCUGUUUAGGGAGUACUGCCAACUUUUAAUGGUCAUUUAACAAUUUCCAAUUAUUUGCCUUAAUAGUUUAACUGACUAGAUUGUUUUCUAUGCCACAUGUGCCACUUUAAAUAGUAGAUGACCCUUUAUUGCUAUAUUUUAAAAGCAGUUGUGUUAGCAAGAACUUUGUAAAUAAAUAGUUAAAACCCAAGUAUAUUUUAUGUUUCAUGUUUUAAAUAGUUCCUUUAGACAAAUUUUCAUAGGCCCGUGUGAAUGCCUGCAUCCAUUUCUGUGCUGUUGUGUAUUUGCUUGCAUAUUUAUGUGCUUAUACCUUCCUGCAUUAAUAUUUUUGAGCAUUACGUGUAUAGUGGGCUAUGUGUAGGAUAGGAGCUUUUAAUCUGUAGUCCACUUUGCAGAAUGGAGGUAGUGAAUCCUAUGAUGGUUACAUAAAAUGUUGUGCUUUUGUGCAUUAUGCAUUUUUAUGGCAGAAAAUAUGGAACUUUUAUUUUAUUGGGGCUGGAGCUGUGAUUCCCUCCAAAAGUGUAGGAUUUCAAGGGAGAGGAAAUGACGUGAGAUAAGGCAUGAAGUUGGAAAUGUAUUAGCUGUGUACUGGCAAAAUAUAGGAAAUGCUUCCAGUUUUUAUAAUUAACUACACCUGCUCUAGUAUCUAGUAUUUUUUGAUAUAUCCCCAUUACCAGUUGAAGACAGCUUGUAUGUAUUUAUCUG